AUGGAUAAAUUAAAUCGCUUAGUGGCUUAUACCUGGGACGAGUCGCGGCAAUCUCGCUCAAGCUAUGGCGUAUGGCACGUUUUCGGUACCAAGCACCUUGGCCGUACUAUCCGUCCGGAUUAUGCGCAGAUCGGUCGCCUCCGAAGCGCCUCUUCUCCUGGCGAUUUGAGCGGCGUAUCCGUUCCACAGGGUGCAGACGAGGACAGCAACAGCAACGAUGGUGAGGACCGGGGCAAAGAGUCGGAGCGAACAAUCGAAGUGGUCGCGCGAAUUGGUGAUAAUAUGAUUCAGGAAGAAAGGUUGCAAGAGGAAUAUCAGACGCUGGCGUCCGCCGCGGCUUCCCACCGUAAAUAUCUCCUGCGACCUGUGGAGAUGCAGCGCCUAUCUAGCCACGACGAGGAGCACGAGCCAUCCCUUCUGGUCUGCAUUUACGAAAGCCCCGGUCCCAACGAUCUCCUGCGCUUCGUCGAGGGUGGCGCCCCGAUCUGGAAUCAUACGCGCCCCGAAGGAGAAGAGAGUGAUAUCGAGACUGAUGUAGGCUUGAAUCGAUCCGAUCGGCGAGAGCCCAUGCCGUUGGACGCAUUUCUGGAUUUUGCCAUCGGAGCGGCCGAAUGUAUCGAAAUGCUGCAUAGCCAGCAGAUUGUCCAUGGGCAGAUCCGGGGGGACGCAUUCCACUUCAGCCAAGAGACUGGUCGCGUGCGACUAAUCCAUCUUGGGGCGGGCCUCCGGGCCUACGAUAUCGGGCGGCUAACUGCCGGCUCGCACUCUCUGGCGAGCAUCUCCCUCAUGAGCCGCGAACAGACCGGGUGGACACCGAUCCAGCCCGACAGUCGGGCCGAUAUUUAUUCCCUCGGCGCCCUGCUGUGGAGUGCUCUUGUCCAGGAGGGCUCAUAUGGAAGCAAAACUCCCCUUGACAUCAUUCGGGAGGUACUUGGACAGGAGCUGCCGUCGGUAUCGACCUUGCGACCCGACGUGCCUGAACUACUUGCUCGGGUUAUCGCGAAGGCGACGGCAAAGAAUGCCGUGGAGCGGUACAACUCGGUUAGCGGUCUGCGACAUGACCUUGUGAAGGUACGGAGGUUGCUCACCUCGGGAGAUAAGGCCGAAACAGAAAAUUGGGAGAUUGCCAGCAAGGAUGUUUCUCCAUUCUUCACGCUUCCGCGCACGAUGGUGGGCCGGACGAGUGAGCGGGAUGCCAUCGUCGAAGUCCUGGAUCGUACGUCCCGAAUGUACGGGCUUCGCUUGUCGUCGGUGCCAGAAGAUCAAUUUGCGAUGUUUGCUGCCCCUCCCUCAUCAGGCGAUAAUCUGGGGGGAAAGGAAGGCCAUACUCAGGCGGAAGGGUUGACCUCCGCUAGAAUUGCCCAGUCGUAUAUAGCCAAUUCAAGCCGCUUGCGUUCCUCUAGAGACUCGCAAUACAGCUCGAGCGAGGGCAGCGAAUUCGGUCCCGCGGUUUUUGACGGGAAGGGGGUAGAGAAAAGAUUGUCGACUCCAUCGAUCGGCAGCAGCAGUGGCGACGGAAGCUCCCGGUCUGGUGAUGAUGCUGGAAGGACGGCUGCACAUCGCUUGAUGGCGCUGAAAGGGCGGUGCGAGGUUAUCAGCAUUGAAGGAGGGGCUGGUAUGGGCAAGACUCGACUGAUAACAUCAGUGCAGAUUGAGGCCCGACGAAGAGGCUUCUUUGCCAGCUCCCGGUUUGACCAAGCAACACAAGACCGACAGCGUCCGGUUCUGCAGCUGUUUUCGAGUCUGUUCGAGCAGGCCUUCUCACAAAGUACGAUUGAGCCUAGCUUCCUGCCGAUGCUGCGGAAUCUCAUUGGGCCUGCGUGGGACACUCUUCACAAGGUUCUAGGCCUUCCGAAAUUUCUCCUCGGGUCAGGCCCCGACGUGCCAGAGCAGGUGCUGAACCAUGCUGCUCGCUCGACCAAGUCAUUGCCCUACCGGCGUCCUCCGGAGAAUACUGGAACCGAGAGUUCCAAAGAAUUUCUUCGAACCGGAUCCUCGACCAAGUCUUUGCCUCUUGUGCGGACAUUGCUCGAUAUCCUGCGGGCCUUCGGGCAAUACAAGCCGGUGUGUCUUUGCUUGGACGAUGUUCACUUGGCCGACGAAGAAUCAUUGGAGCUCAUCACCCAGAUCGUCUCGGCUGGAAUUAGAAUGGUGUUGAUUUUGGCCUACCGAUCCGAAAAUGCUUCACCUGAAAUGACGAAACAGAUUCUUCAGCUCUCUACCAAUAAAGAACUUCGAAAAGGAAGAGAUAUUGGUGUUACUGUCGUCAAACUCUCUCCACUUAGUGAGGACAGCGUGAUGCAAUAUGUGGCAAGCACCUUGUGUUUGCCUGUCCCUGUUAUUUUGCCGCUGGGGGCGCUCAUCCAGUCUAGGACCAGUGGUAAUCCCUUUUACGUCCGUGAAAUGUUGAACGAUUGCUAUGAACACGGGUUCUUCAGCUAUGACUACCAGGAAGGGCAGUGGUCAUUUGAUCUGAGUCGUAUUUCCGAACAUUUCAAGAGGGACAAUUACAACGACUCCAUCUUCGAUGAUUUCUUAAUCAGGCGUCUAAGUAGCCUAUCGCCUGUCUCCAAGUCAAUCCUGGCCUGGGCAUCCGAUUUGGGCAUGACCUUCUCGUUUCAGCUGGUCAAGAAGCUCCUCAGUAACGAUGAGACGGAUGCCGAGUCUGGCUUGUCUGAGCGGGAGAUGAUUCAAGGUCUGCAGGCGACCAUUCAAGCCUACGUUAUUGUGCCUACGCAAGAUCACGACGUCUUUUCGUUUACAUAUCACCAUUACAUGCAUCUGGCAGCAUCAUUCCACACAAAAGACCAGGACCAUGUAAACUUUGUCAAGGCACAAGUUCUGUUCCGGUAUUACGCCCAUGACGACAAAUAUCGCAACAUGCUGGCAUCAGCCAUUAUCGAUUCAACGCCGAUCUUGAGAGCCUCCAUGGCAACAAGAGGGCCUUUCAGGAAGUUUUUGUUUGACUAUGCAAAAGCUGCAAGUGAGACCGGUUUUCGCUCGACCGCUAUCAAGUCUCUCACAAGUUGCAUCCAACUUCUUCAGGAGGACAUGUGGAACGAGGACGCCGAAGAUGUGAUGUAUGACGAGACGCUCCAAAUAUUUACCUCCGCUGCUGAAGGCUACCUGUACCAGGGAGAGCAUGCCGAAGCUAGUCGCUUGCUGGAAUCCAUGCUCUCCAAUGCUCGAAGUCCAGUGGACAAGGCUCCCUCCUGGAUCUUGCAGUCUCGCAUGCUUGCACAACUGGGUAACUCAAGUGGUGCUUUCCAAGCUCUUAAAAGAUGUCUCAUGACUCUAGACAUUACAAUUGAUGACGAUCCGACUUUUUCUAAAUGUGACAAAGAAUAUCGUCGGCUAUGCGAGGCCAUUUCCGCUAUGACGACGGAGGACAUCGUCGAAAAGGCCUUUGUUGGGCAUCCCGUUUUGGCUGCGGUCGGUGCGGUGCUCGUUGAGGCCACUAGCGCGGCUUUCUGGUCCGACACGCUGACCUUCUACCAAAUGACGCUGGUAAUGGUGGAAACAUAUCUCGCUCGGGGCCCAUUCCCCCAGGCGGGGAUGGGACUAUUGCAGUUGGCAGUAAUAGCAAUCACUCGGGACAAUGCAAUUGCCUUCGCAAGUCACUGCUCGGAGCUUGCCCUGGCUCUAAUUGAACAAUCCAACGACCCACGAACCAGGGGACGUGGUAUCGUAUUAUACUCGACCUUUGUGGAUCACUUACAACAUCAUGUGCAGUCCUCAAUCUCUCAGCUAGAAGGAGCUUUGGACUUCUCCAUCCACGCUGGUGACCGAAUCGCGACCAUCUUAAACUACGGGCUGUUGGCCACCAUGAAGUUUUUUGCCUCCGAAAACCUGGCCGAGCUAGAGAGCUUCUGUGUCUACAGUUGUCAGGAUAUCACCAGCUGGCAGUCGGAUACUCCCGGCGGUACGAUCCUCAUCACAAUUGGCCAGCUCUGCCGUGCUUUGCAAGGGAAAACAUAUACGAAUGACGGAACAAGGGUAAUGAGCGAUGAAGAGCACGAUACGGCUGCAUACAAGUAUUGGCUCGUGAAAACCAUUAAAAAUAGCGACCGGCCGCUGAUGCUCUAUGAGAGCAUGGAGAUUGCUCCAUUAUUUCUGUACGGUCACUACGAGCGAGCGGUUGCGCUGGGGAAUUCUUGUCUCAAGAAAGUGAAUGCCAUUUGGUCAACACGGAACACGCGAUUCCUGAUGUUCUUUCAUUCCCUUUCUCUAGCCGGAUUCGUGUGGAUGCGGAAGCAGCAGCAACUUGAUCCUGAGGCCACCCUCGAAGAGAUGGGCAACAUGGCGAGGAUGUUGAAGUAUUUCAGGCGCAAGAUUGACCAAUGGCAGGUCGUCACAGAUGUGAACUAUCUAGCAUGGACUAAGAUUUUGGACGCCCAGAUCGCCGAGAUGGAGCGUGACCAAAGGGCUGCCUUGUGUUUCUAUCAAGAGGCAUUAGACCACGCUUCCAUGCAUGGAUUCGCUUUCGAGGAAGCUCUAGCCAGCCAUUUGUUAGCUGAACAUCUGAUGCGUGAGGGCUCUGCCCGACUGGGCACACUCGCUCUGAAGGAUGCAGCUAGUCUCUACCGGCGAAUAGGGGCCACCGGGGUUGCCGAUCACAUCCUGCAUCUCUACGGUUUGGAGGAGAAGGCAAAAAGCCUGCCACGAGAAGCCGCUACUCAAACUGAAUCGGACGAAAGUGUUACGCGGAGUCGACAUCAAGCAUCUGAACUUGGCAAUGAUGAACAGUCGAGCGCAGGAGAGACCGUAGCGGAGCGUACCCUACACGUUUUAGAUCUCACCUCCAUCCUUGAACGGUCACAGGUGAUAUCUAGCGUUCUCAGGGUUGACGAGCUGCUCCGGACAAUGUGCAAAGUUAUUAUGGAGAGCUGCCAAGGCACUGCUACUUUGGCGGCCAUCAUCACAAAAGAGAACCCAGCGGUCGAGUGGGCCGUAGCAGCAAGCUGCGACGCAGCUGGACACAUCAAAGUACGUCACCCUCCGACACCGAUCGGACGCUCCCUUGUCGCGGAAAGCGUUGUGAAUUACUGUGUGCGCUUUCGCGAACCAGCGUAUUUACCGGACAUCUUGCAAGAUCCGCGAUUUGGCUACGUUAGCGAAGCGUGGGUGGCCCAAAACCCGGCUAGCAAAUCGGUCGUGGCGUUUCCCAUUUCUCACGGUGGCGAUGAGAGCGAGCCCCUUGCGGUGCUGUAUCUGGAGGGACCGCCCAACGCCUUUUCAUAUCUCAAUCGCGUCGUGUUACAGCUGCUCGUCGUCCAACUUGGAAUUAGUUAUUCCAAUGCGCUGACUCUCAAGGAAGUCGAACGGGUAUCCGCUCUCAACCAAUCGAUGGUACACGUGCAGAAGAAAGCCCUGGCAGAAGCGAUGGCGGCCGAGCAAAAGGCGAACACUGCUAAGGCGGAGGCCCUGCAUCAUGCCCAGCUGGCCGAGGAUGCCGCCAAGGCUAAAAGCAGCUUUCUCGCCAAUAUAUCUCAUGAGCUACGAACGCCACUCAAUGGGGUGAUUGGCAACUCAGAGCUUCUGCUCAGCAGUCCACUGCCGGAGCAGCAAUUGGGAAUGGCGGAUUCGAUUCACAUGUCAGCGAAACUCCUGCUCACGGUGAUCAAUGAUAUCCUCGACUUCUCCAAGAUCGAAGCGAACAAGGUACAGUUGCAUAUCGAUUCGUUCGACGUUGGUAAGAUGAUUCAGGAAGUCGUUCGCUCGAUGUCAACCGACUUCAGGAAGGAGCACCAGUCCAAGGUUGUCCGUAUCAUCCAGGAUAUUCAACUGCCCCAAUUCCUUGUUUAUGGUGACCCUGUGCGUCUGCAGCAGAUUUUAGGCAACCUAAUAGGUAAUAGCCUGAAGUUCACGGAGGAGGGUUCCAUCACGAUAGGAUCUAGGGUGGAGGAAGAGACCGACGACUCAGCUCGUCUCUCCUUCUGGGUGACGGACACGGGUAUUGGCAUUCCCCCGCAUAUCAUACAGCACCUGUUCAAACCGUUCACCCAAGCUGAUGCAAGUACCGCGCGCCGGUUUGGCGGCAGUGGUUUGGGUCUCAGUAUCUGCAAAUCUCUCGUAGAUCUAAUGGGGGGCACCAUUGAACUCAAGAGCGUCGAAGACGUCGGCACGACUGUCUCUUUCUCAAUAACGCUGCCCAAGGUCAAUGCGCGUGGAUCGGGGACAACCAGUCCAACGGCGUCCGUCGACGGUUCACAGCUCGAUAAGGCAGAGCCGAUUUACCAGGAUCUGUCUCAAAUACCCGUCUGCAAACUCCGCAUCUGUAUUGCGGAGGACAAUCUCAUCAACCAGAAAAUCACGGUGCAGUACCUCAAGAAGCUCGGCUUUACCCAGGUAGAUGCCUACAACAACGGCUUGGAAGCCGUGGAAGGCAUCCAGAAGAAGGCCAGAGCAGAGCAGCCGUACCACGUGGUUUUGAUGGAUGUUCAGAUGCCCGUCAUGGACGGGUAUGUUGCCACCCGCCGUCUCCGCCAGGAUUCUAUGGAUGCUGUGAGGCGGAUUUUAAUUAUCGCUCUCACAGCCUCGGCCAUUCAGGGUGAUCGGGAGAAGUGCCUGGAUUCGGGGAUGAACGAUUACCUGGCUAAGCCAUUUCUUCUGGCGGCGCUGAGGAAGAAGUUCGAGAAAUACCUACAGAUAUAG